GGACUCACCGCUGCCAGUUUCCUCCCUCCUGUUUUGUCGCUGUAUGUCGAUUAACCAGUCAUGGCAGUGACAUGUGGAAUUUUUCAUUCCCUCGCCCUGGGGGCACCAUGCUGUUCGUGCCUGUGCAUCCCGCUGCCUCUUUUUUUUCCCCCACUCCUGACUCCUCUUUUUCACACUCACUCAUUCUCUCUCUGUGGUAUUAUUGUGAGUCAGCCGGUGUCGAGCUGAGGUUUGUUGUUUUGCGGUCAGCUGUAUGGGGUCGUGGUGGCGGUAGUAGUGGCUGUCAGUGACUGAUCUCCUCUCCAUGGCCUGUCCUUCCUCUGGUUCUGCCUCCUACACUGUGGUUAUCAUCCCGCUGAAGACCAGCCUCUACAGCCUGGACGCACUGCGCUUCUACCUAUGGAUUAAGCGUCUGAAGGACCUAGAGAAGGAGAAGGACGCUCUGUGUUCUGGUCUGGAGGUUCUGGAGAAGGCUCGUCUCUGGUACCUCCAGCGGCUGGAGGAGAACAAGUUCCGGCAGAGCAGAAUCGAGGCCAAAAGUGGGCUUGGUUCCUGUCUGGGGGAUGCAUCAGAGACUCGGUCCUGCCUCCUCAGGUCUCGUAUCCAGCGGGUUAACGGAUCUUUGGGCUCCGUGAUGAGUGAACCCAAUGCAAUGAGCAGCAGCAACCCUUCUCUGCCUGAAGCUGUGGCAGACAGCGACCUCCGCUGGCACAACUCAGUACUAACUCAGAAAGUGAGUGACAAAAAUCGUCAGAUCUCCUUGUUAGAACUGGAAAAAGACGCUCUCCUUGAACAGCUGGAUGAAUUGCAGGAAACACGUAGAUGCACAUGAGCUGCACUGCAAGCUUACAUUUCACUAAGUGUCACAACAUUUAGCCAUUUGUAAAUAUGUAUUUAAAUGAAUAAAUUAGAGUAAAUGAUG